GUGCAUUUCACCAGCUUUGUUUGUUUACAUUUUAAUGAUUGAUAAAUCUCAAUGAAGGGAAGCAAGAAAGAUGUUUUAGCUUCACUACAACUAUGAAGAAAGGUAAAGAAGAAAAUCGUAUUUAUGGAGUUGAUGAUUAUAAAUCAGAGAAUCGAAAAGAUCCAAUGUUAAAUAGCUAUGACAAAGAGUUAAGAAAUCCAUCUUCUAACCAGCUAAGAGAGGUUGGGAGAAAUAAAUUAGUGCGAAAGAAAAAGAGAGAAUAUCAAAAUGAAAUCCAAGAGAAUCCAUUCAGCAUCUCAAGUUCACGAAACAACAAUCAAGAGAAUGUUCUUCCCAGUGUAUCAUCUUUAAGUCACGACAAAAGCAAUGCACCUGAUGAGAAAAGGAAGGCAUAUUCGAAGAGAACAGUGAGGCUUGGAACCAUACGAUAUCAAUUGCUACGUCCUAGUCAAGUGGAAGUAUUAAGUCGACCAGAGGUUGCUCGAAAAAGGGUUGCUUGUCAACUAUUUUUUCUAAAUCAUUACAUUUCAUUAAUAGAUUAUUAUAAAUUACGAAAAGAGCGUUUCAAUCAGUUUGUCCAUUUCAGUGAGGAAUUAAAAGCCUCGAAGCAAAAGAAAUUAUGGAAAGAGCACUGUGGACGAGAACGAGCGUUUUUAAGGAAAAGAAGGACUAAAGUUCAAAGCAAUCAUUUUGAUUUGCUCGUAAAACUUGGACAAGGAGGUUAUGGAUCUGUCUGGUUAGCCAAGAAGAAAGAUACCCAUGAAUUUGUAGCAUUGAAAAUGAUGAAGAAAGCGGUUCUGCAGCAAAUGGGUGAAGUACGGCAUAUCCUGACCGAGAGAGAUGUGUUGACAAACACGAAUUCCGAAUGGCUAAUCAAACUGUUUUAUGCCUUUCAAGAUCAAAGUUUCGUAUACUUGGCGAUGGAAUAUGUUCCAGGAGGAGAUUUCCGAACAUAUUUAGCUAUGCAUGGAUUGCUUCGUGAAAGACAGACUAGAUUUUAUUUGGCCGAGAUGUUUAUGGCAGUCAAUGAAGUUCAUAAAUUAGGAUAUACGCACCGAGACUUAAAACCAGAGAACUUUUUAAUUGACAGAAACGGACACUUGAAAUUAGGAGACUUUGGACUCAGCACGGGAAUUGUGAACAGCGCGCAGAUCCGAAAGCUCAGGAAAAACCUUGCGAGCGCAGAGGCUCCUCAGAGUGGGUAUUUAACACAAAAACAGCGAAGAAACAUAUAUAGAGCCUUUUUAGAGAGAAAUGGAUACCGGGCAAAUUCGAUUGUGGGAUCCCCGGAAUAUAUGGCACCGGAAGUAAUUUAUGGAGAUGGAUAUGACAAGACAGUAGAUUAUUGGUCUUUGGGAUGUAUUCUGUAUGAGUGUGCCGUAGGUUAUCCACCGUUUUCGGGAACGACAACACAAGAGACAUGGACGAAUCUUUAUUUUUGGAAAGAUGUUUUACAAAGACCAGAAAAGAAUAAGAAUGAUGAAUACGAACAGUCGGCUGUUUGUAUAUCAGACGAUGCUUGGUCGUUCAUACUCAGAUGCCUAGGUGAGCCGGAGAUGCGAUUUCAAAGUAUGGGAGAAAUUCAAAAGCAUCCAUACUUUUCCAAGAUUCAUUGGAAUCAUUUACGAAGUCAUGGAAGACCACCAUUUAUACCUCAUCUGAGUGAUCCAUUGGAUACAUCGCACUUUGAUGAUUUCUCAAACGAAGCGGUUAUGGAAGCGUAUAGAGAUGUUUACGAUAAGAAAAGGAUUAUGGAAGAGAAAAUGUACAAGCGCCAUGAGGUCGUCAACCAACGUCCCUUCCAAGGAUUUACGUACAAACACCGUACGAGCCACCUGAAGCCAGCCAAGCAACAAGAAGAAGGUGAAGAAGAACCAGAGUGGAAGAAAAAGAAAAAGAAGAAGAAGGAAGAAAGUAGUCGAAAGAAAAAGAUGGCGAAAAAUCGUGUGGAUAGGAAUGAGCUGGCAGCUUUAUCGAAUUCAACUGAUACAACUCCCUUGUAUCAUGAGCUGAAAGCGGAAAAGAAAAGGCAUGGAGGAAAGAAGAAAUUGCAUCCUAAUGAUUAUUUGAGGAGGAAAGAAAAGGAUUACUAUGAAGUAUUAUUUUGAGAAGGAAAUUUCUGAGGAGAAUAUAAACCGAAAAGACAGAGAGGAAUCGCUUUCAACGUGUGAUGGAAAGCCGAAACGAUUAAUUUGAUUGGAAGGAUAAUAUUAUAAAAAGAAAAAAGAAAAAAGAAAAGUUGAAAAGUUGAAAAGGUAAAGAGGAAUUUUCUAGUGAAAACAAACAAAAGGAAACGAGAAAAGUCAUGAUUUCUUUUUGUGCUUUAGCUUAACGAUACUUUAAAACAAGGACAAGUUUUGCGAAAACAAUCGCAACUUUUUUUAAUACCCGCGGUAGUUUAAAUAGGGAGAAAGGAGCAAGAGAGAAAAAUAAAAUAUAUUGUUGGAUCGCAAAGAAUGAA